UGCGUGGAAGGGGAGCACCCGGGGCACGCGCUGGGCUGCAGGCAGCUGAGGGUUAACUGGGCCGGGUGCUCUUUUCCAGUGGGUGCCGAGGGGCCGGGCCGGGCCGGCGCAGAGCCCUCCCUGCACUGCGAUUGCGCGGCGCGCUGGCACGGGCCCAUGAGCUCGGCGUCAGACAGGCCGCCCAGGCCGAAGCCGGCCUCGCGGCCCGCCCAGUCACGUGACCAGAACGGGGCGCGGCGGCGGCGGCCGCCACUUUCCUAGCGGUUCCGAGGCCGGAGCCUGAGCUGCCCUCGAGCCCGUCUCCCGCUCGCGCCUUCGGCUGGUGCGGCGCGCGCGCGCCUCGAGCGAGGAUGCGGCCCGCGGCCCCGCUUCUCUUCCUGCUCCCCGUGCUGCUUUCCCGGAGCGGGGCCAGCUCCGGGGAACUCCCGGAAACAGUGCCUCUGCCAACAAAGGUUGAAAUAGAAUCCUUGAACUUCAUUACUGUAUUGCACUGGGAUUACAUGAGAAUGCCUACAACCCCUCGCUUUAUUGUGGAAAUCAAACCUUAUGAGCUAGGGAAAUAUAAGAUAGUCAGCACCUGCAUGAACACAAGAAAACAUUAUUGUGACCUCUCUAAUGAAAUAGAAGAACUGAGUCAAUCUUACUGGGCUAAAGUUAAAGCUUUCAUUGAGUUAGAAGAGUCUGAGUACGUUGAGACCAAAGAAUUUGUUCUGCGGCGGGAUGGAAAAGUAGGACCACCUACUCUGAAUGUCUCAAUUGAGAGAGACCAACUCAGGGUUGAGAUUCGCCACCCAUAUCGGAAACUUCCAUCUGCUGUUAGAAAAUAUAAGGACUUCACAUACAAUGUGUUUUUUUCGACCAAUGGAGAACCGCCCCAAGAGCUUGAAGCAGAGGAAUGUAAGAAGCAUACAUGUAGCAUAUACAUUCCAGUGUUUUCUACUGGUUCCACCUACUGUGUUUCAGCUAGAGGACGUUCAUCAAUUGUUUCAGAUCGAAUAUUUUCCAAAUCAAAUGAUAGUUGCGUUCAUAUUCCUUUAAAACAGCCACUAGACCUAAAAGGUAUUAUUAUUGGUGUUGCCGUUGUCUUUGGCGUUGGACUGAUUUUGGUAGUGUAUUGUCUUUGCAAGCAACUAAAGAAGAGAAAAAUUGAACUACCCAAGUCUUUGGUCACUGUGGUACGAAAUCUGAACUCGCGCAACAUUUUAGAAACAAAACCAGAAGCAAAAUAUAUCUCGGUCAUAAUCUCAUCAUCCAAGCCAAUGUUUUCGGUGAGUGACGAGAUAAACGUGAUAGAACAAGUAGACCAAGUUAAAGAAAUAGGGACCCCUAAUCCUGAAGACUGCAGUGAAGAAUCAGACACUGCCAGUUCCCAGGAGAUAUCAAACAAAACAGAAGAGAUGGCUAUCCAAGAAAGCAUUGCUGAAAUGACCCCUGAUGAUGAACAAAGCCAGAGAGUGAAAGAGAAUUAUUUUCAUUCUAAUAGUAGCCAAAUGGAGUUAAAUAGUAUUCCUUCAAACCCAGAGCCUUCCAAUACUGAGAUGCAAGAGUCCCUUGUCCUAAAGAGCUGCAACAAGUUUUCUGGUUAUGACAAACCUCAUGUACCAAUGGAUCUCCUCAUAGAUGUUGGGGAAGAGGAGUCCGUGAUUGCAUAUAGGCAUACUGAUGAAGUGCAUGAGUCAUGAAGAGAAUCAUUGAAGACUACAGGGUGUCCCUUUUGGUGUCCACAACAUUGAUAUUUAGAAGAUUAUGAACAUCUUAGUCCUAAUGGGAUUAUCAAUGUGACUUCUUAGAGCAGACUCUUAAAAUUGAAGGGGACUCAAAUGGAAACUGCAACUAGUGUUGUGUCGGAUGACAGUGCAGAAAAAGGGGAAGUGGCUCUGUCUCACAUUAAGCCACUUGGUGGUUUUCCUUUGACAUUUUCCUUUAGGCUAUUAAAGAACUAUCUUUAUACAAAGGAAAGGUUCUGCAGUAUCUUCUAAAUAAAGUGUGUUGAAGAAUUGUCUAUAUACCAUAUCAGUUUGGGAAUUCCCAACUCCAUGGCUAAGAACAGAUUAUAUUGGAGCCUGUUCUGUAACUAGAAGUGCUUCUGCAUGGUGGGUCAUAAAUUUGUACAUCUGCACUAAUUGCAAGACAGUAUGCCACCCCUUCAGAAUGCUCACAUUCUACAUUUACACUUACUGAAACAAUAUCUCUUGUGCUUAUAUAUUUAUCCAUGUUUUUGUAUACAGAAGCCAUAUUGUGCAAUUAUGUCUUACGCUCUGAGAAAUCUGUAUGUUAGCAUGCUACCUGACCCUCAUUGAAAAAGACUAUUUUUGAACUCUUAUCUGCUCUAUUUCUUGAAGAAGCAAUACGGUUAAGGCAGUUAUUAAAAAUGUUUAGCACUUUUCCACUAAAGCAUUUUUAUCCUAAUUCUUAAAAGAAAUAUGUGGAUUGCUAAUAAUUCCAUUGCACUUCGUGGAAAUAACUGUUUUCUUAUUAAAUUGAAAAUGCCCAUUUAAUAG